GUUUUAUUCGAUACUUAGUCGGUAUUUUAAACACAUUUCGAUACAUAUUAUAUAUGUUCACCGGUCACGCUUUGUGACUGAUAGGCAACCCUUGGUGUCGCUGGAGGGUUAAAACUUUGGUAACAGGUAAACAACAAAUUCUUACCAUUUUCAGAUUAAGUUCCGAUUUUGAUGUUAUUUGGGUUCAGAUAUAGGCCAUGUUUGCCGAUUUUUAGGUAAGUUAUAUUAUUGAGCAGUUUAAAUGAAAAGUGGAAACGAAAUAAAAGAUAAAACGACCUCAGUUAAACGUUUUCAGUAUAAAUCGCCCAAGAAAAAGACAUCAUUACCGGAGCAGUGGUCCACAGAAUUUGCGAGAGAUCAGUUUCAAAACAAUGCACCUUCAAACAUUGGAUUGGACAACGCGUGGAGCAUUAGAAAAAAUGUUUCUAUAGAAACUGCAAAACCUAAUACUGAUUCCUAUAUAUCCCAUAACUCUGUUUAUUCAAGACAUAAAGGAUUUGGAGCAACAGUUCCACAGGGAAAUGCAACCACUAUGAAAUCAUCGACAUUCACACCAGAUAAAUAUGGUUAUUCUUCUACUAAAGGAGAACCAUCCUACUCAUAUGUGAGUAAAUCAAUGCCUCAGUACAGUGGAAGUUCGCAAAGAAUACCUGAAAGCAAUUUUGCUUCUCAAUCAUCUUUGCAAUGUCGAAUCAAACCAUGUUCAGAACAAAAUAAUGAUAUUACACGAUUCAAAUCAGAUUCAGGAUUUGAUGAGAACAACUCAGACUCGGCAUUCGACUUUUAGCAUUCCCAUAUUACUACAGGAAUGAAGACCUAACAUUGCCUCAGUAGGUCAUUGAAGAUUUUAUCAGAACAAAACCAGAAGCAUUUUGUUAUCACUGAUAAAUGGAAUAAAAAAGACAAUUGUAUAUAUCAAUGCCCUCUGGUCUGAACAAAAAUUAUCAAAUAAUAUGAACAUCAAUGGUGGAAAUUUCACCAAACUUUCUUCAGCCAUCUAAUUCUACCUUGCCAAGAACUGUGAAGAUCAUUUCACAAGGAGACAUAAUAUUUUGUGCAAGUGUAUCACAUCAAAAUAUUCUCAAGUACAUUUAAAGCGAAGAAAGUCUUACCAUAGUACUUAGUACAAUUUUAGUUGCAACCCAAUUAUUAAAUCUUUCUGCGGAACAGAUUUCAUUCUAUGAUUCCAUGAUAGACAACACUGGUAUAGCUGGCACCAAAACCAAUUUUGCAGCAAAGUGCCUCUCCUUCAGUAUAACUUAGUCAGUGAUGAUGUUUUCAGCCAAUCUAGUUUUCAAGAUUAAUGGAAUGUGACAUAUUUUAUCAGAUUCUGCAAUAUUUCACAAUUUUUAUAUUUAAAACAGUAGACGAAAAGUCCAGGAAUAAUUUUAUAAUUGAAUUGUUAUCUUUAUAAACCAAAGUAAUUUUUUUGUAUUCAUAAAUAUUAUAUUUUAUAAUCGUUUUAUCCAACAACAAAUAUCAUAUAUUUAGUUCUUCUGCCUUGUGCAAUUAUCCUAAUCAGAAUAAAACCGAGCAUGUGCCAACGGUGUAAAGUGACAUUGCCAUUUCUUGGCAUAAAUUUAUUUCUGACUGGGAUAUGUAUAUAUAAUUUGUUUUGUAUGGUGCUAAUAUAUUUAGUAUAGUCAUUGCCCAUGUUAUUACACAUUAGCCACUGUAGUUCAAUGUAUUUUCUCUUACACUGUAGUUUAAUUAAAUGGUUUUUAUGGUGUUA